AUGAAGAUGAAGUCUCUGCUUUUCAGUACUAUUUGUGCUUUUUGCUUCAUAAUCGUGUGUGCUGGUGCAAAUACUUCAAUUAAUAAACGUGUCAUCCAUGGAGGUGAACAACCCUUGGCUCAAAUAGCCAUACAUAAGACCGUUCAGGCUCUGCGUGAUUCUGCAUUCAUCAAAUCCACUCCCUUUCUUCUUGGUCUAAAUGGUGCGGAUACCGAAUGGGUUACUGUGGAGCUUUCCAACUCCGAACCGGCUAUUGAUGAUUGGAUUGGAGUUUUUUCCCCAGCCAAGUUCAAUGAGUCAAUUUGCAACCCUUCGCCCGAUGAAUGGUCAGAAACUCCAUUCUUAUGCACAGCUCCCAUCAAGUACAAGUUCGCGAAUGACUCCAAUCCAAAGUACAUCAAAUCGGGACGCAACAUAAUCAAAUUUCAGUUGAUCAAUCAGCGCUCAGAUUUUGCUUUUGCAUUGUUCUCCGGAGGACUCUCAAAUCCAAAAUUGGUGGCGGUUUCCAAUACAAUAGCAUUUGCAAAUCCAAAAGCACCGGUUUAUCCACGGCUUGCUCAUGGAAAGGCUUGGGAUGAGAUGACGGUUACAUGGACAAGCGGAUAUAAUAUAGACGAAGCGUAUCCCUUUGUGGAAUGGGGGACGAAGGGAGAUGCUACACCUAAACGUUCCCCAGCUGGAACAUUAACAUUCAACCAAGGCAGCUUAUGCGGUCCUCCAGCGCGGACGGUUGGGUGGCGUCACCCCGGUUACAUUCACACAAGCUUCUUGAAAGAUUUGUGGCCAAACAUGGAGUACUACUACAAGUUAGGUCACGUUUUGAUGAAUGGUUCAAUUGUUUGGAGCAAAAGUUACAGCUUCAGAGCUUCCCCAUUUCCUGGACAAGAAUCUUUGCAACGUGUUAUCAUCUUCGGAGACAUGGGAAAGGCAGAAAGAGAUGGUUCAAAUGAGCAUGCAGACUAUCAGCCCGGGUCACUCAUGACAACGGACCAACUGAUUAGUGAUCUUGACAACAUAGACAUUGUCUUCCUCAUUGGAGAUCUCCCUUAUGCCAAUGGAUACAUUUCACAGUGGGAUCAAUUUACAGCUCAGGUUGCUCCCAUUACAUCAAUCAAGCCUUUUAUGAUCGCCAGUGGGAAUCAUGAGCGUACUUGGGUGGAUUCAGGAUCAUUUUUUAACGCAAUGGAUUCCGGUGGAGAAUGCGGGGUGCCUGCUGAGACCCUUUACUAUUUUCCCGCAGAAAAUAGAGCCAAGUUCUGGCUGAAAGAGUGUUCAUUAAUGGCAGCGCAUCGGCCGCUUGGGUAUUCUUCCAACGAUUUUUACGCUAAUGAAGGAUCAUUUGAAGAGCCAGAGGGAAGAGCGCACUUGCAGAAACUAUGGCAAAAACAUCGAGUCGACAUUGCGUUCUUUGGCCAUGUCCAUAAUUAUGAGAGGGUUUGCCCUAUUUAUCAGAAUCAAUGUGUGAAAGAAGGAACAUCACACUACUCUGGGGUGGUAAAUGGAACCAUCCAUGUUGUCGCGGGAGGAGGGGGAAGUCACUUAUCCCAAUUCACCAAGAUCAAUACUUUCUGGAGUAUCUACAAAGAUUAUGACUAUGGAUUUGUCAAAUUAACCGCAUUCAAUCGUUCCUCGUUGCUGUUCGAGUACAAGAAAAGCAGUGAUGGAAAGGUUUACGAUUCCUUCACCAUCUCAAAAGACUAUAGAGAUGUCUUAGCUUGUGUUCAUGAUGGUUGCGAGCCUACAACGUUAGCAACCUGA